AUGAAGGUCAUCGCAUCGUUGUUCCUUGCUGGGACAGCAUUAGCAGUUGUCCCCCCGCCGCAGCAAGCCUUCCAAUUCCCAAAGCAGUUUCCAGAGGCAGCAAAGCAUGCCUGGUCCAAACAACUACACAACCUGAACAAUGUUCUGGGAAGUCUCACAGACGAAGCCAGAGCCAUUUGGGACGAUGUCACUGCAUUGUAUCCUGAGGACAUGGCAAAGGCAAGCUUCUUUUCGUCACCAAAGAAACAUACACGCAGACCUGAUCAUGAGUGGGACCACAUUGUUCGAGGCAGCGAUGUACAAAGUGUAUGGGUUGAUAACGAGCAAGGAGAGAAAGAAAGAGAGCUCAGUGGAAAACUUGACACCUAUGACUUGAGGGUCAAGAAAGUCGACCCAAGUUCUCUGCAGGUUGAUCCUGGAGUCAAACAGUACAGUGGGUACCUGGAUGACAACGAGAACGAUAAGCAUCUCUUUUACUGGUUCUUUGAGUCUCGAAAUGAUCCCGAGAAUGACCCAGUCGUACUCUGGCUGAAUGGUGGUCCCGGCUGCUCAUCCUUGACUGGUUUGUUUCUUGAGCUUGGUCCCGCCCGAGUCAACCAGCACCAGAAGCUUGACCCUAAUCCUUAUUCAUGGAACUCGAAUGCUAGUGUCAUCUUCCUGGAUCAACCCGUAAACGUGGGAUUCUCCUAUUCCGGCUCCAGCGUUUCCACCACGACCGCUGCAGGCAAGGACGUCUAUGCCUUGCUUACCUUGUUCUUCAAGCAAUUCCCUGAAUAUGCAAAACAAGAUUUCCACAUUGCUGGAGAGUCCUAUGCUGGCCACUACAUUCCCGUCUUCGCCCAUGAGAUUGUGUCACACAAGAAAACCAACAUCAACCUGAAGAGUGUCUUGAUUGGCAAUGGAUUGACUGAUGGUCUAACUCAGUAUGCGUAUUACAAACCCAUGGCUUGUGGCGAGGGAGGCUGGCCCGCUGUCGUCGGUAGAUCAGGUUGUCAAUCUAUGGAAAAUUCUCUUCCACGCUGCCAGUCUCUUAUCUCUGCUUGCUACGAUAGUCAAAGCGUCUGGACCUGUGUGCCAGCUGCCAUCUACUGCAACAACGCUUUGAUCGGCCCCUAUCAACGCACGGGCCAGAACGUCUACGAUGUGAGAGGACAAUGCGAAGAUACCAGUAAUCUCUGCUACAAGGAGCUUGGAUGGAUUACAAAGUGGCUGAACCAGCGCUCUGUCAUGGAAGCUAUCGGCGCGGAGGUCGACAGCUACGACUCAUGUAAUUUUGAUAUCAACCGCAAUUUCCUCUUUCAGGGUGAUUGGAUGCAGCCAUUCCACCGUCUUGUUCCAUCACUUCUUGAAAAGAUGCCGGUUUUGAUCUACGCGGGUGACGCGGAUUUCAUUUGCAACUGGCUUGGAAAUCAAGCCUGGGCGGAGGCACUCGAAUGGUCAGGGCACAAGGAUUUUGCUGCUGCCGAGAUGAAGGAUCUUAGAAUUGAUCAGGUCGGAGGCCAAGGCAGGAAGAUUGGGGAAGUCAAAUCACAUGGAAAUUUUACCUUCAUGCGGAUUCAUGCUGCCGGACAUAUGGUACCUCUUGAUCAACCAGAGGCUGGCUUGGAGUUCUUUAACCGAUGGCUCGCAAAAGAAUGGGCUUGA